UAUAUGGAGGACUUCAAUUGAAAUAUAUGAAUAGCCACUGCCAAGGAGCCCAUAGUCACAAGAUGAGGCCAUCUUUACUGCUGGAAAUGAAUAAAUACCUGGAUGAAUCAGAAAUAAGGAGUACCUCUUGUGACCUCUUUGAAAGUCCGGCAUUGAUAAGAAUUCUAUUAUCCCUCUGUAUACUCAAUCGAAUAGGGAAAGUGAUAAGAAUAUUACGAAAGAUGGUCCUUCAAGACCUCAAGCAGAAAGAUCUGACCCUGUUAGGAACCCCCAAAAUAUCCCUCCGAUGGACUCUUCAGGAGUUCCUUUUAGGAGGAUUGGGGGUGAAGAGAGAAAGGAUCUUGCUGAAAAUGAUUUUCUUUAUAAUCUUUCUCAUUUAGCAGCAUUUAUGAAUAGAAAAAGUUUUACUUGGGACAGAGCACAUGAUCUAAUCUAUAACGAUGCUCCAAAAGAGCCUAUGAACGUACCUAAAACUAUCAGCUAUGGAAUAGUAUUGGCAAUGAUAGUACUCUUGCUAGCAAACCUUGACUUAAUAU